UCUCCCCUCCAUCCCUUGCACAGAUGGGCGCCCUGGAGACAGUGACAGCCAUCACCGAAUCCUGUGUGCGCCGCCCCGCCCCCUGCCAGCCGGAUUAGGGGGUUGUCCGCUGGGAGGCAGAACAGGGGCUGGACAAAGCUGGGAUUUGAUUUUCCUGUGGCUGGUGGCUCCACUCAGACUAGUUCUGCCCAAGUCACAACAGAGGUGCAUCCCAUCGCGGGCCACACUGUAGGGAGGCUGGUGAGGAGACUGCAGCUUCUGGUCCACGGCCAGUCCCGCGGGAGAUGGCCCCAGGGGCGCCCACACUACUGCUGCUGUCACUACUGUUGGUGCCCAGUCUCCCACUCCACGCUGCCGGAUGCCCCACCACCUGCCGCUGCUACAGCACCACAGUGGAGUGUGGCGCUCUGCGGCUGCGCGUCAUCCCACCUGGACUCCCACCCGGGACGCAGACGCUGUUCCUGCAGGAUAACAGCAUCGCGAACCUGGAGCCAGGCAUCCUGGCGCCCCUCACUGCCCUGCGCCAUCUCUACCUGCACAACAACAGCCUGCGUGCCCUGGAGCCAGGCACCUUCCGCGCGCAGCCACGCCUGCUGGAGCUGGCACUCACAGGCAACCGGCUACAUGGUUUGCGCAUCGGUGCUUUCACUGGCCUGGCCCAGCUGCGUGUACUCUACCUGGCUGGUAACCAGCUGGUGCAGUUGCUGGAUUUCACCUUCCUGCACCUGCCGCGACUGCAGGAGCUGCACCUGCAAGAAAACAGCAUUGAGCUGCUGGAGGACCAGGCCUUGGCCGGGCUCUCCUCGCUGGCACUGCUAGACCUCAGCAGGAACCAGCUGGGCACCAUCAGCCGUGAGGCCCUGCAGCCCCUGGCCAGCCUGCAGGUCCUGCGCCUCACAGGGAACCCAUGGCGCUGUGACUGUGCCCUGCACUGGCUGGGAGCCUGGAUCAAGGAGGACGGCCAGCGGCUGCUCAGCUCCAGGGACAAGAAGAUCACGUGUGCGGAGCCCCCGCGCCUGGCUCUUCAGAGUCUUCUGGACGUCUCUGGCAGUAGCCUCAUCUGCAUCCCGCCUUCUGUGCACGUGGAGCCGCUGGAGGUGACGGCCAACCUGGGGGAGGACCUGCGGGUGGCCUGCCAGGCUUCCGGCUACCCGCAGCCCCUGGUGACCUGGAGAAAGCUGGCCCAGCCUCGCGAGGGGCAGCCGCGCGCGCAGGCCCAGCCGGAGGGCGGCGCGCCGGGCCCGGGCGCGCCCGCGGCCCCCGACACGGGCAGCGGCAUGCUCUUCCUCGCCAAUAUCACCCUGGCCCACGCCGGCAAGUACGAGUGCGAGGCCUCCAACGCCGGCGGCGCCGCCCGCGUGCCCUUCCAGCUGCUGGUCAACCUGUCCCGGCCGCCGCCGCCCCCGCCGCCGGCCGCCGGCCGCGAGCCCCUGCACGAGGCGGGCAGCCUGGCCUUCCGCGCGCUGGGCCUGGCCACGCAGGCGGCGGUGGCGGCGGCCAUCGCGCUGCUGGCGCUCACGGCGCUGCUGCUGGCCGCCCUCAUCUUCCGCGGGCGGCGCGGGCCACGGGCGCCGGGGCCGCCGGGCGAGGGCGCGCUGUUCGUCAACGACUACUCGGACGGGCCCUGCACCUUCGCGCAGCUCGAGGAGCUCCGCGGCGAGCGCGGCCACGAGAUGUUCGUCAUCGACCGCUCCAAGCUGCUCCUCGCAGACCGCCCGGCCGCCCGCGGGACGCGCUGCUGAGGGGCGCGCGCUAAUGACGCGGCUCGCUCGCGCAUGCGCCGGCGCCGUCAGUAAAGGGUGGAAGCUG